AUGAAUUCAGAUUUUAGUAACCCUCUAGCGGUUAUUCUACCUUAUAACUUCAAUAAUCUUCAAGAUUAUCCAACUGAGGUGUUGGCACUUCGAUUUCAAGCUUGGAGAUCGAUUAUUAAAGAUUUGGUCAAUUAUUUAAAAGAAUAUGCCAACGUUCAGGAAGAAAUUGUGAGGCAACAGUUGAGACUACAGCAAGCAGUUGGAAUAUCUUCUGGUAACUCAGGAGCGUCUAAUUCAAAUAAUGCACCUAGUCAUGGUAAUCAUCAUUCUUCUAAUCAUAAUUCUAGUCAUAAAGAUGAUAUAAAUGCCAUAAAUAAGUUUUUUUUACCGAUUGGUAAUGGAUCUAUUCAAGAUUUGCCAAAUAUUUUAACUAGAUUUCAUCAACAGAAUGUAACUAAUUCUUCUAAGACUUUAAAAGAAAUUAAUCAAAUCAUUAUACCAAAAUUAGAUGAAUUAAGAAAAGAUUUACUAGUUAAAAUUAAAGAAAUUAAAAAUUUACAAAAUGAUUUUAAAAAUUCUUUAGGUAAAGAGAUCAAUGAAACCAAAAAUUUAUUGAACUCAUAUACAAAUGCAAUUGAAUUAUCAAAUAAGUUGGAACAUGGUACUUCUCCCUCUUCUUCCGCUAAUGAACAUGACAUUUCGAAAUUUGAUCCUUAUUUGGUUAAGUUGAAAUUAGAUCGUCAAUUAAAACGUCAGUUACUGGAAGAAAACUAUUUAUAUGAAGCUUAUAAUAAUUUACAAAGCGCUGGUGGGAAAUUGGAAUCAAUUAUAGUUAUUGAAAUUCAAAAUUACUUAAAAAUGUUUUUAGAAUUGAUAAAUAAUGAACAUUUAACAAUUCCAAAUUUCUUAGUUCCAAAUUUGUCAAAUGGAUUUUUAACAAAAGAAUCAAAUUUCGAAUGGGAUUCUUUCAUUUCUAAAAAUUUACCUUCUCCGUCAAUUUCUUUAAGUGCAGUUAGCCAUAAUAACUCAAAUGUUAAAAAUGGUACUUUUAUUGAUUUAUCAUUUGGUUCAAGAAAAAUUUCUGAUUUAUCAAUUCCUGAAAUUGAUUCUCCUUUAAAUAUUGCUUUGAGAGAAGGCUGGUUGGAAAGAAGAUCGAAAUUUCUUAAAUCUUAUUCAAGUGGUUAUUACGUUUUAACCUGUAACUUCUUACAUGAAUUUAAAACUCCUGAUCGUAAAAAAGAUCAAAUUCCUGCUUUGUCUUUACUGUUAGACCAAUGUCAUGUUAGUGAACAUUCAAAAGAUGAUGGUAAAUCAAAUGGUCUUUAUAAAUUUGUUGUUUAUACUAAGUCCCCUGGUGGUAUUAUUUCAAAAGGUCAUAAUUUGGUUUUCAGAACUGAUACUUAUAAACAAAUGAUUGACUGGUAUAAUGACAUUAAAGCUUUAACUAAUUUAUCUACUCCUGCUGCAAGAGCAAGAUAUGUUUCAAAAAAUUUUAAGAAUGUUAAAAAAAUUUCUAGAAACUCAAGUAUAGUUUCAAGUAGUACUAAUGCCAAAUCCAUUAAAAGUGGUACUACUAUUAAUUCUAGGAUACCAAAUAACGCUUUGACUCCAAAACAAUAUGGUAAUCAUUCCAAUGUUUUAAAUAGUGCAACCACAAAUAACGGCUAUAGGUCAAGGCCUGUUUCUCAAAGUUCAUCAACGGCUGCAAAUAAUCGUUUAUCUUCUACAUUUUCUCAAAGAAAUAACAAUAAUAGUCCACGAUUAGCUAAUAUGAUUAAUAGUGAUGGUACUAUCAUAACACCAGUUGAGACUUAUAGUGAAUAUCAGCAGCAACAACAACAACAACAACAUCAGCAACACCAUCCACAACAGCAACGCACACAACAAGAUACACCACAACAACACCAUCAGCAACAACCAGCAUUAGAACAAAGUAAGAGUAUACCUCAAAUGGGUGGUAUAGCUGUUCAAAUUCAACCAAAUCAACCACAACAAGGCUAUAUCCCAACAGCACAGAGUUAUCAAUAUUAUAUAAAUCAUAAUAAUGAGAAUCAACAAACUCAUCCUCAGCAAUUUUAUGAUCCGGUUCAACAACAAUUCUAUACAAUUAGUCCAAGUAUUCAACCCCAACCACAAUUUUUCCAAACAUCACCAGCACAAGCACCUCAGAGACAAUAUAUACCAGUCAAUAAUGGAGAACAAGCCAAUAAUCAAAAUCAAGGAUAUACCAUCAAUACUGCUAAUUAUUUCCCACAACAGUACUUAUCGGCUGAAAAUAUUCCAGGUCAAUUACCAUAUCCGAUCAACAGUCAAAUACAACCAUCAACAUCAAAUGUGCCUAGUAGACCAUCACUGGUGAGUAUUGAAAAUCAACCUCAAAACAGAGAUAUUAUUAAUGGUAAUAAUCAAGUAGUUAAUCAAGAUGGAAAUAUAUCCAAAAGUUCAAUUAAUCAAGGAGAGGUUGAUACGUUAAACAGUAAAACUAUUAAUGAAGAAGUAAAAUCAAUUGAUAAAACUAAAUAA